CCCGCCAUCAAGACAGGAGGAAGGACUUUCCGACAGAGCCCAGUGAAUCACCUGCUACCUGCUUCUAAGGAGAUGCUGAUUCUAACCAGAGAGCUCUGAAUCUUCCAGCGGAGUUUGGAGGCAGACAUUCGGACUUCAGAAGGUGGGGAAUCGGUUGCUCUCCAAAGCCUGGAAGAUGCAUUUUUGGGAUAAAAGGUUCCUGUGUCAAAUUCCAAACCUGCUGGCACUGGGGACCCUCAUGUUGCUUGCCACAGCCAUGCUGAAGUACAACCGUUGGGAGUGUAACCCCAGCUACCUGAAGAGGGACACCACAGACCCCAGAGGUCGGUUCUGCAAGGACAGGCUGUACCAGUCAGUGAGGCUCUCCCCCAAGGAGAACAUCAGCUGCUCUGGGAUCAGCCGAGGGGACAUAAAGGCGAUCCAGGGAGCUCUGUUGAGCAAGCUGCAAUGGAAGAACAAGCGGGUGUCCUUAGAUGAGAAGUACUACUUGAACCUAACCAAGGAUUGUGAGACCUUCAAAGAAAGGAGAAAAUUCAUUGGGUUCCCCCUGAGUGAAGAGGAAGAAAACUUCCCUAUUGCUUAUUCCAUGGUUAUCCAUGAGAAGAUUGAGGUAUUUGAAAGGUUACUGAGAUCCAUCUUUGCUCCUCAAAACGUAUACUGUGUCCACGUGGACAGCAAAUCUCCUGAACCUUUCCAAAAGGCCGUCCGGGCAAUUGCCUCCUGCUUUGACAAUGUUUUUCUGGCAUCUAAGCAGGAGCGUGUGGUGUACGCCUCUUGGUCAAGGGUCCAAGCCGACUUGAACUGCAUGGAAGACCUGCUUCAAAGCAAGGUGCGUUGGAGGUACCUCCUGAAUACCUGUGGGACUGACUUCCCUAUCAAGACCAAUGCAGAGAUUGUCCAAGCCCUAAAACUGCUGAAUGGGAAAAACAACAUGGAGUCCGAGAAGCCUUCUUCGUACAAAAAGAACCGCUGGAAAUAUCACUUCGAAGUGACUGAUUCCGUCAUUCAGACCCAGACCAUAAAGAGCCCCCCUCCCCAAAGCUCUCCCAUGUUCACUGGAAGUGCUUAUAUUGUGGUCACCAGGGAGUUUGUCCAGCACAUCUUUAAAGACCCGACUGCAAGACAGUUGAUAGAAUGGUCCAAAGAUACGUACAGUCCGGAUGAGCAUCUUUGGGCCACCUUGCAUCGCAUGCUAGGGGCUCCUGGCUCGGUCCCUUUUAAUGACAAGUAUGACCUCACUGACAUGAACUCCAUUGCGAGGCUGGUGAAGUGGUCCUACGUUGGCGGGGACCUCAGCAAGGGAGCCCCUUACUCAUCCUGUUCUGGAAUUUACCAGCGGGCCAUCUGUAUCUAUGGAUUUGGGGACCUCCACUGGCUACUCGCACAGCACCACCUGCUUGCCAACAAGUUCGACCCCAGCAUUGAUGAUUACGCAAUCCAGUGUUUGGAAGAGUAUCUGCGCUACAAGGCGAUCUACCGAGAGGCCCUCUGAGUGAGGGCCCCCGAGAUUCCUCAAAAGGGGGCUCUGAGGGGUGCUCCCACACGAGGACAGACAUGCCCACCCCACGUGGUGGGUCCAUCGGACGUCCCGGGAGACCUUAGGUGUUCUGAAGCACCUUCCAGUCCUGGGCCCCAAGCUCUGGGACGUUGCAAACGAUAAUCUGCGGAGAUUACUUUUUCCCUGGGGUAGAGGGUGGAAAGCGACUUACGCAACCCAGCUUAUUCAGUUUCAGCAGAACGUACACUGUGAGCUAGAUUUAUGAGUCAUUCUCCUGCCUUGCACUGCUUCCUUGCUGUGGGAAAAAUGUGUGUCCUAUGAACAGGUGACUGUAUUUAUCUGGACUCCCUCCUCAUUUAAAAAAAAAAAAAAA